AGACAGACCUUCUUCAUUUCUUUAAUGAGAUAACUGGUUCAGGGGGAGGAUAGAUAUCAGAGAAAGAUGCUCCACUUCCAAGCAGCCCUGCUGAUGGCCCUGAUCCUGGGCACAGCUCUUCCAGUCACUCAAGCAGGCCCCUAUGGAGUAAACAUGGAAAACACUAUUUGCUGCAAGAACUUCGUUGGAUUUCCUAUACCUUUGAAGUUCCUGAAUUAUUUCUACUUCACCUCUAAAACCUGUCAGAAACCUGGAGUGAUCCUGGUAACAAAAAGAAAUCUUAAGAUUUGUGCAGACUCUCAGAAGCCCUGGGUAGAACAUGCCAUCAAGACUAUCAAAAAGAAAAAAACAUGAGGAUUCCAGCUCUGCUAUGAAAGUACCAAAGACCUCUUUUUCCAGAUAUUGUUCCUAGAUGCCGCCUCCUUGAUCUCCAUCCUAUAUGGAAGAAUCAGUAUAGUUGCUGUGUACAGGGUUGGGCCAUGCCCAGAAGAAAUAGGCUAAGAUCAACCAGUGUGACCUCUGUUUUAAAGUCCGGCAAUUAUAUCUGCCAUUUCCAUUUCCCAUUCCUCUUUCUCUCUUUUUUACUCCACUUCCUCGGGUCUUCCCCUAAUCUGGAGGUCCAGUGUCCCUAUAACUGCUAUCCUUUUCCCCCUACAAGCCACCUCCAGUCCUGCUUUCUCCUCCAAUGUCCUGUGGCAAAGAUCCUUAAUUUUUGUCAUGGAAUUCAUCUCAGAAUAGUGGCUUAAAAUGCAUAAAAUAAAAUACAUAGGAUUACAAAGGAAACCAAUUAUAUUGAAAGAAUUAUCCAAAAAAAAUUUUUUUUAAUUCUCAAACCCUUAUAGUAUAAAAUGAUUCCUUCCUUCCUCUCCAAAAACAUUUCCUCGGUUAGUUAAGGCCUGUAACAAAUGAUCCAAUAAUUAAAGCAUGAGUGUGAAUUACUUAAAAAUGGCUUUAUAUGUUUACAGUACUAUCAUCUCACCCCUCCUGUCACUUCCAGCCAAUUGCAUUUUAAAAGAGGACACAACUAACCCAAAGAAGAAAAUCUCUAAUGACCAAUUUAUUUUAAGCACCUUAGACACCUGAAUGGAAGAGAAUUUCAUUUUCUCAGGAUGAGAGUAGGGUUUGACUGGGAACUUUUGGGUCCCAGGGUACAAAUCCUAGUACCUUCUGAGAGGUUCCUAGGAAUCCUCCUAUUACUGAAGAGAGAAUUAAGAGAAAUCUCCAGGUUCCUCUAGGACAUGAUGGUCAGAAAGGGAAACUAGAUUUGCUGCCCAAUCCUUGAAAGAGGACCAGUACUGAGAUCCUGACUGCACUCUGAAAAUAACUAAUAGAAUUAUUCAGAAGGGAGAGAUCUCUUUUCAUAGCUUUAUAGGAUUUAGAUCUGAAAAAACUUUGGAGAUUAUUCAGUCCAUUUUAUAGGUGAGGAUAUUGAUUUCUAGAGAAGUGAAGUGAUUUUCCCAACAUCAUAGAAGUGAAGGGGUUAGCCACCAAAUGAUGGGGUGUAGGGUGCAGAAGCAUUGACUCCCCCAAAUAUAUCGGGGUUUCAGGUCUCCCCAUGCAACCAUCAAAUGUUAGGUAGAGGAGGUUUUGGAUCCCAAAAAAUAUUUUGGUAUUUCAGGCUAUUGUCUCGAGAUAUCUCAAAAGAAUAUGUAGGUUUAGACUAUUUGCAAAUCAAAAGGCAAAGAUUUUAUUGUUGUCAUUGUUUAGCAUGCUAAGUUCCAAAAAGGAGUUAACCAUUAACAGAGAGGGAAACUCCAGAGCUAAGUUCCCUAGCAGAACUCACAAUUAAUCAGGAGCAAGAUACCUAAGGCAGGUGAAUUUGCUGCCAUAAGAUGGACAUUUCCUAAUGAACCUGUAAAGAAUUGUGGGAUUACUCCAUUGACUGGCAGGCUAAUAAGUUAGCUAUAACUAGGAAAAAGA